GAAAGUCCUGCAUUCCACUCAGUUCUCGUCGGUGAACGAAGCACUCUCAACUCAAGCACAAAACUAAUCUCAGUUCAGAAACUUAUAUCUGGCUUGAUGAUGAAUCUAUCAAGCAAGCAUUUGGAACUGUCCAGCUCUCUUUUCCUUGUUUACCUUCCCGUUAUUUUCCUUGCUUUCUUUAACCUGCAAGGUCCUAACUUGCUUGGUUCAGCAGCCCCUGUGGUUACCGGAAAUGAGACAGAUCUACGAGCUUUACUUGAGUUCAAGGCAAAGAUACUCAAUGAUCACUUCCGGGUUAUGCGCUCUUGGAACAAUACUAUCCACUUCUGCCAGUGGUAUGGUGUUACAUGCGGUCACAGACAUCAAAGAGUCACCAUGUUGGACUUGGGAUCCCUAAAGCUCGUGGGCUCUAUAUCACCAUUUAUUGGCAAUUUGAGCUUUCUUAGGGUGUUAAAUCUUGAAAACAAUAGUUUCAAUCAAGCAAUCCCUCAAGAAAUUGGUCGCUUGCGAAGAUUGCUUGCAUUAGUUCUGCGAAACAACAGCUUAAGUGGUGUGAUUCCUUCCAAUUUGUCUAGUUGUUCUCGGCUUGUAUCAGUUACUUUUGGAGGCAACCUGCUAACUGGAGAAAUACCAGGUGUGCUUGGUCUCUUGUCAAAUCUAAUACAAUUUAGUUUUGCCAGAAAUAAUUUAAGAGGAGAUAUCCCAUCUUCCUUGGGUAAUUUAUCCUCUCUGCAGUAUAUUGCUCUAUAUGACAAUAGAUUGAGUGGGGUUAUACCUGAAUCUCUUGGCAAAUUGACAAAUAUUGCAGUUUUUGCUGUGAGUAGCAAUGAAAUUCCCGGUGUCAUCCCGGCCUCAUUUUUCAAUCUCUCCAGUAUUAUAACUCUUAGUAUGAACACAAACCAGAUACAAGGAAGUCUUCCGUCGAACAUAGGAAUCACUAUGCCACAGAUUGAAACCUUUUCUGUCGCGGAAAAUCAAUUUACUGGACCAUUCCCCUUUUCAAUAUCCAAUGCCUCAAAUCUUGUAUAUCUUAAUGUUGGGGCAAACAAUUUUAAUGGACCCUUGCCUUCAUUUGAAAAGCUGGAUAAACUAUCACGAUUUGUUAUCGGUGUCAACCUUCUUGGAAGUAGGACAGCAACUGACCUGAACUUUGUCUGCACAUUAAACAAUGCUUCCAAACUGGAGUGGCUAGAAAUACUAGAAAACAACUUUGGAGGGAAAUUACCGGAGUGCAUAGGUAAUUUAUCUAGCAAUCUCGUAACUUUAAAUAUGGAAGGCAAUAGAAUAUUGGGAAGAAUUCCAGCUGGGAUUGAAAAUCUCGUCAACUUGGAGAUACUAGCGGCAUCAUACAAUCAAUUAUCAGGUUCUAUUCCCCCUGGUAUUGGGAGGCUUCAAAAGCUAAAGAUAUUUUUUGCAGCUCACAAUUCUCUUACUGGGGCUAUUCCCCCUUUUUUUGGAAAUUUGACAAUGUUAAUCAAAUUUGUUUUAGCUGAUAACAAUCUUCAUGGCAACAUUCCUUCAAGUCUAGCGAAGUGCGAAAAUUUGAUUGCAUUGGAUCUUUCUAAUAACAGCCUAAGUGGUUCUAUACCCCCUGGAGUAAUUGGGCUCUCAUCCUUGUCCAUUGCCCUAGACUUAUCUUCAAACUAUUUAACUGGUGUACUUCCUAUGGAAGUAGAAAAUCUGAAAAAUCUAGGUGAAUUGCGUGUUUCUCAAAAUAAGUUAUCAGGUGUGCUUCCAAACAAUCUUGGUGGCUGUGUAAGACUGGAGAGCUUGUUCCUGGAUGGCAAUUUGUUCCAUGGUCCCAUUCCAUCAUCUUUGAGUUCAUUGAAAGGUCUUACAACGUUAGAUAUAUCUGGCAAUUAUCUUUCGGGUGAGAUUCCAGAAUUUUUUGUUAGCUUUGGAUCAUUAAAAUAUUUAAAUCUUUCCUUCAAUGAUUUCGAGGGUAUGGUACCAAUUGAAGGAGUCUUUAAAGAUGCAAGUGCUGCAUUCGUUGAGGGAAACAAUAAGCUUUGUGGAGGCAUCCCUGAGUUACACUUGCCCAAAUGUAACUUGAAAGCAUCCAACGGAAGAUCGAGCAAUUCUCUUAAAUUAAAAAUUUCGAUUGUUUUCGCAAUUUUAGGAGUGACAUCGGUAUUCUCUUUUCUUCUCAUUUGGUGGUUUAGAAGUAGAAAAGAGAAGCCAACAGCAGCAACUUGUGCAGAAAAUUCACUUUUAAACUUAUCAUACCAAAUCCUCGUAAGGGCUACUAAUGGAUUCUCCUCGGCGAAUCUGGUUGGUUCAGGUAGCUUUGGUUUUGUAUACAGAGGAAUUCUUGAUGAGAGUGGAGUAGUUAUUGCCGUUAAGGUACUAAAUCUUCUAUGUCAUGGAGCUUCUAGAAGUUUCAUGGCUGAAUGUGAGGCGUUGAAGAACAUCAGACAUCGAAAUCUUGUCAAGAUCUUAACAGCAGUUUCAGGUAUCGAUUAUCAAGGGAAUGAUUUUAAAGCAUUAAUCUAUGAGUUCAUGCAAAAUGGGAGCUUGGAGGAUUGGCUGCAUCCAUCCGUUGCCAUGAAUGAGGCAGACGAGUCAGCUAAAAGGUUGACAUUUUUUCAGAGAUUGAAUGUUGCCGUUGAUGUUGGUUGUGCAUUGGAGUAUCUUCAUCAUUAUUAUGAAACACAAAUUGUUCACUGUGACCUCAAACCAAGCAAUAUUCUACUUGAUGAUGAAAUGGUUAGCCACGUGGGUGACUUUGGGCUAGCAAAAUUCAUUACAUCAGACAUGCAAAAUAACGCGUCAAGCCUGUCAAGCUCGCUGGGGUUAAGAGGAACAAUUGGUUAUGCACCACCAGAAUACGGAUUGGGAAGUGUUGUGACAACAUAUGGUGAUGUGUAUAGUUAUGGCAUUCUUUUGUUGGAGAUGUUUACCGGGAAGAAGCCCACUGAUGAAAUGUUUAAACAGAAUUUGAACCUUCAUAACUUUGUUAAAACAGCUUUGUCAAAUCAAGUGGUUGUUGAGAUUACAGAUCCAGCUCUUCUUCAAGAAAGUUUCCGAGGAGAAACAAUGACCAACAAUACUCGCAAUCAGAGCAACCAAAGAGAUAAUUAUAAGCUUCUUCAGUGCUUAAAUUCAAUAUUUGAAAUCGGAGUUGCCUGUUCUGUUGAUUUGCCAACUGAACGAUUGCAUAUGACUGAUGUUGUAGCAAAGCUUUGUUCUAUAAGGGACAAGCUACUUCCGACUCGACCAUUAAGAGCAACAGCUGCUGGUGCUAGUUGAUAGUCUACUGCCUUGUGAAGUUGCUGCACUUUUGAUUGGUAUUGCAUUUACAACAAAACUUCCGGUGCACUCUGUCCUCCGAACUGGCAAAAAGAGAAGAUAAUUAUUACCUCUGCAUAAGAAGUAACCAUUUUCCUUGUUUUCUGAAGGAUCAACUCUGGAAAUUGUUGGAUUUAGUUGCAAGUUCUAGUGUUUGUGCCUAUCAUUUCUUGAAUAAAGUUCUUUUUCCUUGUGUUUAACUUUCCGCAAUGGAAGAUUAUAUAUGUAAUGUUUUCUGAGAAACCAUUCCUUUGUAUUCUGAGAAACCAAAUCUGCAAGAACGUUGGAUUUCAAGUUCUCAUGUUGUGUCUACCAUUUCAAGAA